AUGCGCUUCUCCAUCGACGGCUCAGAUGAGAAGGCCAAUGAGUACGAUGUCGCCAGUGGACCGGGUAACACCCAGGCGCAUUACGAUCCCGACUUAGCUCAUCCUGCUGCGGCAUACAUUGAUAACCAAGCCGCUACUCUGCCUGCUGGUGUUUCAGAGAGGAAGCUCCUCACCAAGAUCGAUCUCCGCGUCAUCCCUGUGCUUUCGGUUCUCUAUCUUCUCGCUUUCCUCGACCGCACCAAUGUCGCCAACGCCGCCAUUUUCGGUCUUCAGAAGGAUCUCGGUCUAUCGGCCACACAGUAUUCAACGGCCUUGACAGUCUUCUUCCCACCAUAUAUUGUUUUCGAAGUGCCCAGUAACAUAUUACUCAAGCGCUUCAAACCUCAUGUCUGGCUCUCAGGGUGUAUGUUUAUGUUUGGGCUGGUGACCGUUUGUCAGGGGCUGGUACAGGGAUAUGGAGGCCUGCUCACCACUAGAUUUUUCUUGGGACUUUUCGAAGCUGGAAUGUUUCCAGGAUCUUUCUAUUUGAUCGGCAUGUGGUAUAAACGCCACGAAGCUCAGAAGAGAUACACCUUUUUCUUUGCCAGCACCACCCUCGCUGGCGCAUUCGGAGGCCUGUUGGCAUCGGCAAUAGGCAAGAUGAAUGGCAUGAGAGGCUACCUGGGCUGGAGAUGGGUCUUCAUCCUCGAAGGUGUUCUGACAUGCGUGGUAGCAUUCGGCUGCUUCUUCCUCAUUCCAGACUUCCCAGAAGACGCCAAAUGGUUAACCGAACAGGAGCGAAUGUACGUCAAGGCACGACUCCAAGCUGACCAAGGAAAAUCGGCCAUUGAACGACGCAUCACCUUCAAGGACGUUGUGAAUUGCUUCAAGGACUACAAGUUCAUCCUGGGCUGGCUGAUGUAUUUUGGCCUCAUUGUACCAGCAUACGGCUAUGCAUAUUUCGCGCCGACGAUUAUCAAGACCUACGGCUACAGCCCAAUCCAAACACAACUUCACUCGGUCCCACCUUGGGCUGCCGCUUUCGGCUUCAGUAUGCUGGUUGCAGUCUUUUCGGAUCGCCUUCGCCAUCGCUUUCUAUUUGCGCUUUUCCCAAUCUGCAUCUCCAUAGCAGGUUUCGCCAUCCUGAUGAACGUCCAUCAUGAUACCCAUACAGAAUACGCCGCACUCUUCUUGAUCACUUCGGGGACGUACUCGGCCAUGCCUAUCAUCGUGUGCUGGUUCACUAUGAACUUGGGUGGCCAUCAUCGGAGGAGUGUUGGCUCUGCUUGGCAAAUUGGUGCUGGGAAUAUCGGCGGCAUCAUCGCAAGUUAUAGCUUUGCAGCCAAGGACGCCAAAACCUUCUUCCACAAGGGCUACAGCAUUUGUAUCUCGUUCAUCUGCCUGAGCGCUGUCAGCUGCAUAUUGUACUUUAUCGCCUGCUUCUCACAGAAUAAAAGCCGCGCAAAGACCCACGACGUCGGAUUGACCGAAUAUGAAAAGACGGAGUUGGGCGACAUGUCUCCAGACUAUCGAUACAUGCUUUGA